AUGAGAAUCUUUGAGCAAAAAUUCAGUUCAAUAGAUGAAAUUCACAACCUUAUCCUACUGAGGAUAAGGUGGUGGAUUAAGGGAUGGGGGGACCCCUUCCCAUAUAGCUCAACUGACAUACUUCGCAAUCCCUCAUGCCUCCAAUGGCAAGAUAACAUCAGCAUGACGUGCCUCUCUCGAGCUAAGGUCUCAUCUCCAAGAAGCUGGUCCCCUCCUCCCACAAACGUCCUCAAAUGGAACGUUGAUGCAUCUGGUAAGGAAGACAAAAGGAAAGCUGCCAUAGGGGGUGUCCUUAGAAACUCUAAUGGAAACUUCCUCUGCCUUUUCUCCUCACCCAUCCCAAUCAUGGAUAUAAACAAUGCAGAAAUACUGGCAAUUCAUCGUGCAAUCAAACUCCCAAAAAGCUGUGACCGUAUCUCCUACACAAAACUCAUAAUCGAAUCGGACUCCGCAAAUGCUGUAAAAUGGUGUAACGAGAUUAAUGGUGGACCGUCGAAUCUCAACUUCAUUACCAACUAUAUUCGGGCCGCAAUGAAAGAUGGAGAUGGUGUUGAAAUCAUUUACAAAUCCAGGAAAACAAACUUUGUGGCUGAUUCAAUGGCUAAACAAGGUCUCAACAAGGCAGAUGAGUUCGUAGCCUGGCUAUAA